AUGGCCUCACAGACUCCUCUCGUCAUACACGCUCACCCUCCUCUGCUCGGCAUGCCUUCGCAAACCAGCCUCGACUCGCUCGCUGGAGCUUUGGGCUCCAUCAUCGGUUACCUGGGAGCCGAAGCAGCCGAGCCGUACCUCUUUGAACGCCUUCUUUGGCCGCAGAGAUUCUACAAUUCAAACAGCUUGAGCAAUUUGCUCGUGUCCGCCUUCUUAAUGCCAAUGGGGGGCCCCCUUCACCGAGCAGCUUUGGGAACACUGGACAGAUUUCGCAGAAAGGGCCUCUAUCGGGGCUCGCAACGAGGGCAUAUGCUAGGGACGGCCUUCUACCCUGAUACCGGCCUUCGAUUCAAACUACAUGGCUACGAUGGUGCGGAUCUGGACACAGAGGUACGUAACGGACUUUGGGUGAAUGUUCUACGAAGGCUACGAAACUACAACCUGGAGGACCGCUCGUCAUCGGGGGGCAAAGUCGAUGAAGAAGAACAAGUGUCUAAGGUUCGACGCGCCGUCCAAAUGGUACACCAUUUGCAUCUGUCCGUAUCAAAUGUGGGUCAAUCCAGCCCCGAAAGGGCCCGGGCCUUUUGUGAAGACUCAAUCAGCCUUGCCACUCCUUUUGUGAUGAUCGCCAGUGAGACGACCGCCGUUGCAUGUGCCCUUUUGAUUCUCCUGGCCGAGCAGCGGUACUUCUGGUUUGCGGCUCUCAUGUGUAUGCCUCUGGCUCUGAAACUGGCCUCCCUCGUCUGCUGCGUCAGGAGGGAACCGGCCACUCCUAGCAUCAGGGCAUCGGAUGGGGCCGAGCUCCUUGUCGAGAUCGACGACUACGACCACGGUUUCCCCUUGAUCUCGGGACCAGAAGAAGUCGUCCGACAGUUCUUCCGACAUUGGGGCCACCCGGUGAGAACAGAUCGUUGGGACCGUGUCCGCGAGCUCAUGAGCAUGACUUUGAUCUUCGGCUUCGUCUUUUGUUUCCCCGUCGGCCUCCUAAGCCUGCUCUGGGUGAAUCCCACCAUCCAAAUAGUUUGGCUGGCGUAUCAGAUGUACGUUAUUGCGGUGAUGCAUCUCAAUCGACUCAUUGGUUUCGAAGGUCCAGGACGUUUGGAGGACCGCCUUGCCCACGAGCUGGCCAAAAAGGGCUCCGUGUGUUUAUACAGCAAGAACGGCGGUACACUGCAGGCAAACCUCACGAGUAUCCCGGUGUCGAGAAUCAGAGAGGGACGAGAAGUCGUUGAAAAGAUAGCCUCGCAACAUUCCAAGAAACUCGCCGAACUGAAGAGGAGUAGCAGCGACGUCAGUGAAUCUUCUACCCUCUGUGACCAGCCGGAGACGACAAUCUCUCCAGUGUCUGAGAAGAACAUCAAUUAA